UCAGCUGAAGAGCGCGCAGCUCUCCAACAGCGCUACACACAAUCUCGUCAAGAACUCAAAGCUCUGAUUACUCGUAAGAAACAAGUGGAUCGUGAUUUGGCGGCAUUGGAAUCACAAAUCUAUAAGCAAGAAACGGCAUACCUUGAAGAAACGCAGCAAGGCGGUAAUCUGGUACGUGGAUUUGAUGGGUAUCUCAAGGGAAUUGGGAAUACGCGUAAAUCCACCUUCAACGAAGCAGACCGGUUAUUUUCCUUGUCGAGUGUGAGUUUUAGUGAAGCG